AUGAGCCAUUUUCGAAGUGCCACAUUCACGUACUUUCAACGGCUUUUAUACCCUACUCUCGAUUUCGUAAUUGUCUUCCUCAGACGACGAUUUUCGAGAACAUGGCGGCGCUUUCUUGCUCAGAACUUUGGAAAUUUUCAGAUCAAAAACGAGUGUAUCGCUGCUGGUGGACGUGCGCCGCUCACUGACAUUGCCGUUGCUCUCAAUAUAGAUUUCGAUCAUAUUGAACGAACUGCUCGUUUCAUUGUGGCCAAUGAUGAGGAAUUCACUCUUUCCAAUGCUGAAUUGUUCGCUACGGAAUACGUUCAUCGUCUUCGAAAUGAACUACGCUCACUUCUCGAUGAACAAGGAAAUCAAACAACCGCAGCACUCUGCAAACAUUGGGAUCUCUCUCCAGAACUUUUACAGUCUCUCCUUAUCGAGAAAUUGAGCUUAACGGAUUUCCAAGGAGUUGUGGAUGGAGAUACAAUCUACACUGGUUCUUAUCUCGAUGCAAGACAAUUGGUUCUUCGCGCUGUUCUUGUUGCAGUUACCAAGGUGACACCGAUUUCUACCAUUCAAAAGCGCGUUGGACUGACAGCGAAACGUUUCUGGAUCGCUUUUGAAAAUCUUCAAGCUAUUGGUGAAGUGCCUGGAACAAUCAUCGGUUCGAAGACGUCUCCAGCAUGCUCGUAUCGGCCGAAAAUGUAUGACUAUCUUGUCAAGGCAUGUGUUGUGAAUCAAUACCGACAGAAUGAGUUCCUUCAAAUCUCUACAUUGAAAACUCUCGGAGUCGACGGAAAACAAGCAUUGGAAGAGACUCUUGGAGCGAGUGAAGCGAAGAAAUUAAUCAAUUUGAACUCAAUGUACAUGACAAAAGAACUUAUGGACCAAUGUGUCCAAACUGUGCAUGAUGAGAUUCAGAAGACUGGAAUUGCUGAAAUCCGUGUUUCACUUCAAACAUUGAAUCUUCCUUUGGAUACUGUCGAUGAGGAUUUCAUUGGAGAGAAAGUGGCGAAUUCAGAGAAAGAAACAAACUUUUCGGAAGGAUUUGUAUUCAAGGCCUCGAUAUUGACAGAAGCAUUGAAAUCAAUCGAUAAGCAGAUCGAAACAAAGGCACAUCAAGAAGUUGAUAAGUUAGAAGCAGAGAAGAAGAAGCAGGGCGGAGGAGCCAAAGCACCGCCAAAAGUUCAGGAUGAUGCAGACGACUGGGGAGAUAACAAGAAAGGAGGGAAGGGAGGAAAGAAGGGUGGAAAGGGAGGUAAAAGCGGUGGUGGAAAAUCUUCUUCUGCUACCACGUCUUCUGCUCCAUCCGGAUCUGGUACUGUUCAAGUUAGCGAAGAAGAACUCGAAGCGUGGAUUCGGGAUAGUCAAGCUGUUCCAGAAGAAAUUAUUUCUGUAGUCGUGGAGAAGUUGGGUCAUGAAGCUACAGCAGCAUUACGGAAGAAAGUUCAAGAGAUUCAAGCUGUUCAACUUGUUGCCAGUGCUGCAAAUUCGAAGAAAUCUCUAUCUGCGAUCGGAGAUAAAUGUCGUCAAUUAUAUGAUACCUUGAAUACUUUCGAAGCAGCGACGACGUCUUUUGCUGAUCCCCUUGGCUCUCACCUUCGCCAAUAUCUUCUCAAAACUGUGGGAUCCGAUUUGGCAAAUGGUCUGUUAUCCUAUGCAACUGGAGUAGACAACGCACAUCAAAUGAAAGAGAAACAACGUGAUGAGACUGUCGAGGGACUUCCAGAAAUGGUUCGUGAGCCAAUUCGUGCACUCUUCGCGUCUCUAAAAUCAACGGAUGACGAUGCGUUGGAAAAGUUCCAUGAUGCAGUUUACGAUUGCUCUGUGCCAAGUGCCACGUCACUUUCAUUGAGAAAGAUUGACAAGAAGGGAAGAUCAGAAGUUGGUAUCAAAAUUUCGGCGGAUCUUCGCGAGCAACUUUCAUCUCAAUCAGAGCCAGCGACUGCUUUACUUCUCUCCGUUCUCUAUCUUCUCGCUAAAAAUGGACGUCCGAUAACAGCCAGUGGAAAGUUUGUUGCCCAAUUAAUGGCUCAAAUCAAGGAUAUUUGUCCAGAGAACGUUUACGACCUACUCCAAUCGUGUCAGAAAGGAGUUGUCACUUGCAUCAAGAAUAAGGAUGACGAAGUUGCCAGAGAAAUGUUGGAAGAGGAUAUUUCGAAGCUGAAAGCAGCGGUUCUCCAAUAA